AUGGAGCUGCUGAAGGGACUGCCAUUGCGCCGCACCUUCCUGGCUGUCAUCCUGAACCUGCUGGCUCUCACCCUCUCCACCACAGCUUUGCUGGGCAGCUACUGGUGCACUGGGACUCAAAAAGUGCCCAAGCCUUUGUGUGGGAAGACCAAAGCCUCCCAGUGCAUCGGUGUCCCCCUUCCAUCUGAUGAUGCAAGUAACAUUUCAUCUGAGGACUCAAUGCACUACAGCUGGGAGACUGGAGAUGACCGCUUUGCCUUCAGAUACUUCCACACAGGGAUGUGGCUUUCCUGUGAAGAGAGCAUGGAAGGCACAGAAGAGAAAUGCCGCAGCUUUAUUGAGCUUUCACCACCAGCAGAGAGAGGAAUCUUGUGGCUGUCACUGGGUUCAGAGAUGCUGUACAUCAGCUUGCUGCUCAUCAGCUUCAUCCUCCUGAUGGUGGAAAUUCUGCAUACUGGCAAUCCUGUCUGUGGGAUGAAGCUCAAUGCCUUUGCUGCUGUCUCCUCAGUGCUGUCAGGUCUCCUUGGGAUGGUGGCACACAUGAUGUACAGUCAAGUCUUCCAGGCAACAGUUAAUCUGGGACCGGAGGACUGGAGACCACACACAUGGGACUAUGGCUGGGCAUUCUACAUGGCCUGGGCCUCCUUUACCUGCUGCAUGGCCUCUGCUGUCACCACUCUCAAUACCUACACCAAGACAAUACUGGAGUUCAAAAGGAACCACAUCAAGGGAUAUGAUGAGAGCCUCAAGGAGAACCCUCAGCACCACCAGUGCUUCAUACAGCAAAUAAGCAGCUACUAUGAGCCCAAAGGCAAGGUCUUCCAUUCAGUCUCUGAGGGAGUCGACUUCUACACUGAUCUGCAGCAGAAAAUACUGCAGCGGGAACCAGAGCUGGACCUGGACGAAGUCUUGGGCCAGACAGUUGGGGAAGAUCGCUGUUAG